UCUAUCUCUGCAAAGACCUCUUUCUCUUCUUUAAGAAAGAUAAAAAAAAAUGAAUUUUCUCAAAAUUCUCUCAGUACUCUUUCUCUCACUUGUAAUCUCUUUUAGCUCUAUCAUCUCAUCACCAUCCUCUUCUUCUUCAGCAACGAGCAGAAGCACAAGCCCGAUCACAUGUAAUAAUAAUAAUUAUAAUUAUGAUGGUGACUAUUCAUAUUCGUGUUUUGACGGUACCUUAAGCAGUGUUAGUUCCUUGAAUUCCAAGCCAAAAAACCAAUCAAAACCCACAGAGGGAAAACCGUCGUCAAGCAGCUGUGAGGUGUGGACCAAGACCUGCUCGGAGGCUGUUUUGGCCCUGGCACGGCAGCCAGAGACGGUUACAUGGUUAAAGAGCGUGAGGAGGAAGAUUCACGAGAAUCCUGAGCUUGCUUUUGAAGAAGUCAAAACCAGCGAACUAGUUAGAGAUGAGUUGGAUAGGAUGGGGAUUGAAUACAGGUAUCCUUUAGCUCAAACGGGUAUUCGGGCUUGGAUCGGCACGGGUGGGCCUCCCUUUGUGGCUGUUCGAGCUGAUAUGGAUGCUCUGCCAAUUCAGGAAGCUGUAGAAUGGGAGCAUAAAAGCAAAGUGGCCGGCAAAAUGCAUGCUUGUGGGCAUGAUGCUCAUGUCGCAAUGCUGAUGGGUGCUGCCAAGAUUCUGAAGAGCCGCGAACAUCUCUUGAAGGGAACUGUAAUACUGCUCUUUCAGCCGGCAGAGGAAGCGGGGAAUGGAGCAAAACGGAUGAUGAGAGAUGGGGCUCUAGAGGAUGUGGAAGCUAUAUUUGCAGUUCAUGUAUCCCAUGAGCAUCCUACUGCCAUCAUUGGUUCAAGGCCUGGUCCUUUGCUUGCUGGAUGCGGCUUCUUCAGAGCAGUAAUUAAUGGCAAAAUGGGCCGUGCUGGCACCCCUCACCACUCUGUUGACCCCAUUCUGGCUGCCUCUGCAGCUGUAAUCAGCUUACAGAGCAUUGUGUCUCGUGAAGCAAAUCCGUUGGACUCUCAGGUAGUGUCUGUUACCACAAUGGAUGGAGGCAAUGAUCUGGACAUGAUUCCAGACACCGUUAUACUCGGUGGCACUUUCAGGGCUUUCUCCAACACAAGCUUUAAUCAACUUCUUCAAAGAAUCGAAGAGGUGAUCGUUGAACAGGCUUCUGUUUUCAGAUGCUCAGCAACAGUAGACUUCUUUGAAAAUCAGUCCACAGUAUAUCCCCCGACCGUGAAUGAUGAUCAUAUGUAUGAGCAUGUGAGGAAGGUGGCAAUUGAUUUGUUGGGUCCAGCGAACUUCAGGGUGGUACCACCAAUGAUGGGUGCCGAGGACUUCUCGUUUUACACUCAAGUGGUCCCUGCAGCUUUCUAUUACAUAGGCGUGAGGAACGAGACAUUGGGGUCAACACACACGGGUCAUUCACCAUAUUUCAUGAUAGAUGAAGAUGUUCUUCCCAUAGGCGCUGCAACUCAUGCAACUAUUGCUGAAAGAUAUCUCAUUGAGCAUGGUUGAAGUGAAGCGAUAAGCCCUAGCUAGCUUAUGCUGCUAGGCAAAGUUAUAUCUCUCAGAGAAAGAAUUGCGCAGAAAUUUGCCACGUGAUUCCUGCUUUCAUAUUUGUACCAUACAUGGGGUUUGGGAGGGGAGCGAUGGAGGGAAUUAACUCCCCUUUGCCAGCGUAAAGGAUAGAGGGAGAAUUCAUACUCAUGGAUGUGGUUGUAAGCAGCAACUAUUGAACACUUUCAAGCUAUAGUAACUCGCUUUUAUUUGUCCA